CUCCAUUUCACGUGUCGCAGCGCAAAUGUGUGUGGGUGCACCGCUUUGCACCAUCUCAUACCAUGACGACACCUGGCGCGGUCGCCUUCACAAGGCCCUUCUACUCCCGACCAAGCAGCCUUCAGCAUACAUUCUAUUCUGUAGUCCUGUGGGCGGUUAGCUGAGAGCUUCCACGCGUUCACACCGGCCACCCAACCGCUGCGUACGGCCGAGGAAGCUUCGCGCUUCGGGUUGAACGCGUGUGAACUCGUCAUUGCCGCACACUGCGCAGUUGCGACGCCUUGGGAUUGCUAUAUAGCUCCUUGCAGGCCUUUGCUGCUGGCCAAUAGCCACCAAAAGCUAAUUGGGCAGCUUACCCCGCUCCGCGUUUUAUAUUUAUGUAUUCAAGUCUCCUCGCAGCCUUCAACAUCCGGACAUCCGUUAACUCUAAACACAUUGACUAUAAAGAAGUCCUGUCGUUGCCUUGCUCCUCUUAGACCGUGUCGAGACAUCAUCCACGAUGCCGGCGCCACACACCCAGCAAGCACGGACCAACAAGCCGGCCGCGGCAUUCGCGCUGCCUGUACUGGUCACCUUCCUAGCAAUCACCACAGCCGCGAGAGCGGCACUGCCCAACUGCGCCCCAGCCGCGUCUGCGGGCUGGGGCAGCAGCUACCAGGGGCGAUGGACGCUCAACAUGCCACCCAAUGUCUGGGUCGAUAACGUCGGCAGCCGGCCCCCCGGUCCGCUGACUGUGGUCAACGACAUUAUGUAUGUCAAGGUGCGCAGCCACCACCUGCCCGGCUGGGGCGCGGCGGGCCUUCAAGUCCUAAACAUCUCCUCCGGCACCUGGCUAGGCACGCUGUGGCCUCCCAACCAACACCGCAGCAGCACUGCCGCCUCCGACGCAGACGGUGCCGGCAGCAACAGCGCAGCAGCUGGCGCCGGCGACGCUGACGGUGCCUCUAUCCACUACCCCAUGCCAACCGUGCCGCUCCGCGUGCUUGACGCCGACGGCGCCCGCAACACCCACAUAGCCUUCUUCUCCGCCCGCGCUCCAAACGGCACCACGCUCGUCCACGCGGCGGUGUUUGGCAGCUUUGUGCCAGCCACCGGCCCCGCCAUCACUGGCGGCGUGCAAAUCAAUGCCACAACCGGCGCCGUCAUCGAACCGCCGCUAGGCAGGCCCAUCCUUGGAUUUGUUUGGAUUCAAGCGUACGGCAGCCCGGACGAUAACAGCAUGCUGACUGACCCGGCGCUGUUCGAUUCAUUGGAUCCGGAUUCAGAAUCGCAGCAGCCAACUGACGGCGGCGGGCGGCGGGUGGGCUUCCUUGCGUUGACCAGCAGCCGGGCUCUGUACGUGGUCAACGCCACUGACGGCAGCCUGCUGUACAAACAAGAGUUCGGGAGCCGGGUCCUGAGGCCGGGACCUGGGAACUACGCAGUGCCGCCGGUCAAUUUCCGCGGCCUGGCUGUGUUCCCCACCGCCAACAACACCCUCCUGGCCUUCAACCUGGCCACCCGCACAUUGGCGUGGGAGGCCGCCUUCCCCGUCUCCGCCUUCAGCAGCCUGCAGGUGUCAACAGAGCGGCUGCUUGUGCGGCUGACCAAGCCCUCCACCACACCCGGGUACCCCUACUACUCCGUGUCAGUGGCCGGCGAGGUCCGCGGCUUCGAAAUCGACCCCGCGCUCUCCAGUUUGUCCAGCCCAUACACCACCAACCCGCGCAGCCCGCUCACACCCGAAGGCAUCCACUUCACAUUCCUGGACGCAGACCGGCCCAACCAGCCGCAGCGCAUCGGUAUAACGGACCUGGUCACACUUGAGCAGCGGUUACUCACACUGGACGCCACCAUCCGCUAUCCGCCCGUGCCGCCCGCCAUUUCAUACGACAGCUGCCGGCUAGUCGUGUACGGCAACGGUUACGUGAUGGACAACGAUGCGUUGCCCCCGGUCAUACCUGCCGUACACGUCAUUGAUGUGGCUACGGGCGCCAUCAUCUGGCGCAAGGAGUUGCUGGCGCUCACGGACGGCGAGGAUUCAUUCGUGCAGCACCCACACAUUGAUCCCAAGACUGGAUCCAUCUACCUGCUGCAAAACGAAUUGUUGUGGCGCUUUGAUGCUGUGCCCGAGAGGCCCGACCUGUCGCCUCCGCCCCCCGCUCUGACACCGUCGCCUUCGCCGUCACCCGCGCCGUCGCCCGCGCAAUCGCCGUCCCCAGCUCCAUCGCCGGCAGCCUCCCCCGAGCCCUCACCCACACCCGAGCCUGCUCCCCAAGCUACACCCUCGCCAACAGCCCGCCCGCCGUCACCGCGGCACCGCCGGCGGCCGCCCGCGCGGCGGCCACCCCCGCGCCCUGCCACCCGGUCGCGUCGGCAUCUGCGCCACCUGUAGACGGCGGACUUAUGGCAAGCCGAGGGCAGUCCCCUUCCUGCUGUACGGGCAAGCCUACAGGACUACGGUGUCCAGCUUGGUGUCCAGGUUCAACCCCAGCUGAACUGUGAACUGAAGAAUGUGAAUCCAACCCAGCCACAUGACCUUACAUGCAAACAUACUGUCUGACGUAUACUGUUGCUCUUGGCAAGUUGUCAUGUUCGCUUGUUUGCUUGUGGUUUUCAAGCACGCCAUAACUUAAUUGUUGACUGCAGACCGUAGAGCCGUCGCGCACACGGUGUGGCGGAAGUGUGCGUGCACUGUGUACAUUGCCGUGCUUGUCAGUUGACAGCGCCAGGGCUUUGUGUAGCUCGUGAAGCAGGGGCUCGCAGCUGUUGUUGUGCAUGGCAUAGGGGUUCUCUAUGUGAAUUGCGUGGGCCAUGUGGCCGAUGCAGGGCGGCGAAGCACUGCAAAGACAUGAAGGUGAUUAAGACAAGGCAGUCCCUCCGUGCAGUCACCUGCCAAGGGGCCAGAGCGUUGCAACCAAGUGGCAACCGCAAGUGCCGCUGCCUGUAAUGACAUGCCCAG